AUGACACGGACAAUAAAGGCAUCAGUCAUCGAAGCAAUGAUGUCCCGUUUGAAUCACAGUUCAACUUUUAUUAAGAAAGUUUUUAACAUUUCGCCACGAGUAUCUGUUCCCGAUUGUAAAUUAUCAAGAAGUAGAAAAAUAGCGACUCGGCGCCCGCCAGUCCCAACAACAUGUUUACCGGACAGUUUCGAACUCUUGUCAGCCACCUCGCAUCCAUUUAGUCUCGAAAAAUAUCUCCAUUCCAGCAAAACAAAUCAUCCCCCCUACCAAACAGAUCACUUACCCUUUCUUAAUUCUACUUCAAAUGGGUGUGAACUUGUUGAACUUGAAGAUCCUUACGCUACACAUGGCUGGUUCGACGUGAGAGGUAGGCCUUUCAACCAAGCAUUGCUCUGGAGUGACGCCCUUUCCUUCGGCCCGAGAGCCUACUUCGUGACUGGGAAGCGGCCCGUGGCUGCUCUCCAGUUGGACGCGGUGCAGCUCAAGGACGCAGGGGUCUACAGGUGCAGGGUCGACUUCAGGAACUCACCGACCAGGAACUUCCAAGUCAAGCUCACUGUUAUAGUACCACCGCACCAGCUGAUCAUCUACGACAACUCUGGAAAAAACCUGUCAGAUACUGUUGGCCCGCUCACGGAGGAAUCUGACCUGCUUCUCACUUGCGAAGUUAGGGGAGGAGAGCCCACUCCGACCGUCAGCUGGUUCAUGAACGAGAAGUUGACAGAGGGUCAAUUGGACAAGGCAGCUGAGAACGUCAUCAUCAACAAACUGUCCCUCCCUCGCCUCAAGAGGCACCACCUCAACAAUACCUUCAAGUGCCAGGCCAGCAACACCAAGCUCAUGCAACCUGCGGAAAAGACAGUCCGUCUUGAAAUGUUCUUGAGGCCCAUCAAUGUCGAACUGUCAGAGAAGCCGAAGAUGUUGGUAGCUGAGGAGGAGUACAGAAUCCAAUGUUCUUCCCUCGGCUCCAGGCCACAAGCUGAGCUCACCUGGUUCAGGGAGAACAGGAAGUACAAGAAAGCAAAGGUGAGGGAUGACGUCAAACUUCCUUCUUAUCCUCACUCCGAGAAUCUGCAGUCUACUCAUAUCGAGUCCACAUCUCCAGCCAUCAUCUCCUUGUGCACGCCCUGCUGCCCGCUCACUGCUGGUGCUCCUUUCCUACUCUAUCCCCCUGUAGUUUCUCUGCAGCUUGGUACUUCUUUAAAACCACACCAGAUCAAAGAAGGAGACGAUGUGUACUUUGAAUGUAAUGUUCGCGCUAAUCCACGUCAACAUAAGAUCACCUGGUAUCACAAUGGUGAGCCAGUUACACAAAAUAUGAGUUCUGGUGUCCUAAUCAGCGCACUGAGCCUCGUUUUACAAGGGGUGACUAGACAACAUGGAGGAAGCUACACCUGUAUGGCUGCUAAUUCUAGGGGACAAACUUUCAGUCAACCUGUUUUUCUUCGAAUUCAAUAUGCUCCUGUAUGUGUGUAUACAGAACCAGUUAUUGUAGGCGCAUCUUUAGAAGAAGCAGUGAAAGUAAAGUGUUUAGUUUCUGCUGAUCCAACAGAUCUCUCAUUUUUUUGGCAAUUCAAUAACAGUGGUGAAAGUUUCCAAGUUGCCCCUAGCAGAUAUGCAACAUCAAAUGGAACGAUUAGUGAGCUAAUUUAUACUCCUAAGUCAGAACGAGAUUAUGGCACAUUAACAUGUUCAGCUUCAAACAGUAUUGGACGUCAAGCAGAACCUUGUUUAUUUCAAGUUGUUCCUGCAACUAAACCUGGCCCUCUUCAUAACUGUACUCUUCGUUCUACUGUCAAUACAACUGGAGAUUGGCUAGAAGUCGAAUGCAUUGCUGGGUUUGAUGGAGGACUUUCACAGACAUUUCACUUGGAAGCUGUUGAUUCCCUUACUUCUAAAUAUUGCUUAAAUGCAAGUAAUGUUGAGGGUCCUUUCUUCAGAGUAGAAUUAGCAGCUUUGAGCAGUGGUCAUCCCGGAACCAUUCAACUUGUAAUGUAUGCCGCAAAUCAGAAAGGUCGUAGUGAAUUAGUGGUUCUGGAAGAUAUAGCUAUAAGGGAUGCUGAAAAAAGAACAGUAACAGUGUGUGCUUUGAGAAAAAAGGCUUAUAAUCUCCGAAACAGCUCUACAACACCCACAAAGCAAAUAGAAAUAACACAAGGUGAUGAUCAGAGAUAUGUUGUAUCAUAUCAAGUGAAAUCAGAAAUCAAACAGCCUGAUAUUCUGAACAGAGUUUCUGAAGAACAGCUUGAAACAGAUGGAACCAAUGCUACUUUCAAUGGACCAAGAGUUAAUCCAACUUUUACAUCUCCAACACUGAGUCCUGGAGGCUGCCAGAUUCAAGAACAACUAGCACAAACAUCCAUGCUUAAUAAUGUACAUGGAACAACACAUAAUAUUAUAUCUAAUUCUAUACCAGGACCAGAAAGUUGUGUAUGA